AUGGAACGGAUGGAUAUCGAUCAAGUUGUCCAUUUUGAGGCGGCGCAUGUUGAACUUGAUCCUGGGCAAGCCAAAUUCUAUUUCGUCGGGCGAUUGUUCUCACCAUGUUCGAUGGCAAGGUCUAUGAUGGAGCGCGUGGUCAAUGCUAUGUGGGGUUCUCCUGCGCAUCCCAUUGUUGCUCAUGAAGUGCAUCGAGGUUAG